UGCCACAAAUCUCAAUCUCUCUCUCUCUAGCAAAAGAUUCUACUCCUACUACUAAUACCCUCCAUCUAUAAAUCUAAAUCUAUAAGAAAAGAAAAGAAAAAUAAGGAGAGCUUUUAAAGCUACAGAGAGAAAUACAGAAAGAAAAGUAUACUAUUCCCCUCCGUAUAUAUGAGGAGGAGAAGAUGAUGGGUCACUGCUAGUGCUGCUAGCCUGAGUAGUUUCGUGUGUCUGAGGAUCUCCUGAUCUCCUCCCUCCCUCUCUCUCUCUCCAUCCCCAUCCAUCCUCCUUUUCCUCCUAUUCCCCUGUGGAAUCUCAUCUUCUUCUUCAUUCCACUUCUCUUCUCUCUCGUGGUCGCAUGAUCUCAUCAGGAGCGCAGAUGCUACGGCGUCCUUGAGAAUUGCAGAGAGGCAAAAGAAGAACAAGCAGAGAGCAAGAACAAGCAGAAGCAGAAGCAAAGAGGCGAUGGACGGCGACACGCUGUCGGCGGCGGCGGCGGAGGACGGGAAGGUGCUGCACGCGUUCCAGACGAGCUUCGUGCAGGUGCAGAGCUUGCUGGACCAGAACCGGGUGCUGAUCAACGAGAUCAACCAGAACCACGAGUCCAAGGUCCCCGGCGACCUCUCCCGCAACGUCGGCCUCAUCCGCGAGCUCAACAACAACAUCCGCCGCGUCGUCGACCUCUACGCCGACCUCUCCUCCCUCUUCGCCGCCUCCUCCCCCGGCCCCGCCGCCUCCGAGGGCGCCUCCGUCGGCACCGCCGUCCGCCACGCCGGCCACAAGCGUGUCAGGUCCACCCACCUCGACUGAACAAGAACCAUUCUCAUUUUCUCAAUUAACCACCUCCAAUUCUCCAAUUCCAAUUCCAAUUUCGGCUAGCUUAGCUUAAAGAUCGAGCUCUUGCUUGCUUGUAUAUCUAGCUAUAAUCUAUAAAUCUACAUAUGAGCAAUUAACGCCCCCUCACAACUACUCCCGAUGUUUCAUAUUAUAAGACUUUCUAACAUUUGCCUACAUUCAUAUAUAUGUUAAUGAAUCUAGACAUAUAUGUGUGCCUAGAUUCAUUAACAUCUGUAUGAAUGUGGGUAAUGCUAGAAAGUCUUAUAACCUAAAACGGAGGUAGUACAAUCAUCUUCGGUUCUUUCUUGUAGCUGUUGUUUCAUCUUGUUGUAGCUGAUAUGAUGAGCUAUUAUAUGGAUUUUGAUGCAACAAUGCCAAUACAAGAGAGUGAGCACUUCUCUGAAUUCCCAAAAACAUCAUUUUUUUUUCUUUCCAAUCUGAAGUUCAGUAACAGUGUAUCAGCUUCUGUUCA